UGCGUUUUCAAGAUGGCGACUCCCUAUGUAACUGAUGAGACCGGCGGCAAAUACAUUGCCUCAACACAACGACCUGACGGGACCUGGCGCAAGCAACGGAGGGUGAAAGAAGGCUAUGUGCCCCAGGAGGAAGUCCCAGUGUAUGAGAACAAGUAUGUGAAGUUUUUCAAGAGUAAGCCAGAACUGCCCCCAGGUCUGAGCCCUGAGGCCACUGCUCCUGUCACCCCGUCCAGGCCUGAAGGGGGCGAACCAGGUCUCUCCAAGACAGCCAAACGCAACCUGAAGCGGAAGGAGAAGCGGCGGCAGCAGCAGGAGAAGGGGGAGGCGGAGGCCUUGAGCCGGACUCUCGAUAAGGUGUCUUUGGGAGAGACUGCCCAGCUCCCCAGUGCUCCGCAGGGCUCCCGGGCAGCCCCUGCAGCUGCCUCUGAGCAGCCUGACUCAGCCGUCACCACUGAGAAGGCCAAGAAGAUCAAGAGCCUAAAGAAGAAGCUUCGGCAGGUGGAAGAGCUGCAGCAGCGGAUCCAGGCUGGGGCAAUCAGCCAGCCCAGCAAAGAGCAGCUGGAGAAGCUAGCGAGGAGGAGGGCGCUACAGGAGGAGCUCGAGGACUUGGAGCUGGGCCUGUGAGGCCUUUGGGGAGGGGGGGAUGGACUGCAGAACAAACCAGGGGGCGCUCUGGGGUCCUGGGGAAUGUGGGCAGCCGCGGUCAGGAGGGCGGGCGUACCCUCGUACUGACUCACUUCCACCUCUCCUGGCCCAAUUCCGUCCUCCAGAGCCUCGCCUCGCCGUCAUUCCUUCCCUCUUCUUCCCAACUCCGAUUUUUUGGACUUUUCUCCCUCCCAUUCCCAGUGUUGAAAAUCUCAGUGACUACCCCAGGUACCUUUGCUGCUGAUUUGGGUGUCUUGUUGAAAAGAAGUUUGGGUGGGUGGGAAUCUCUUGCAGAACUGACGUCGAGGGUAGGGGGAGUACACCCAAGUCUUGGAGUCUCGGUUCCUGUUCACAGUGUUUAUGGGUUAUUUCUCCCUCCAUCCCUCACCUUUUUUUUUUUUUUUUUUUUAAAGAACAGAAUAAACUCAAGUAGACAACAUGUC